AUGCUCACUACAAUUUUAUAUUGUCUAUUAUUAUCAACUUUGUCUGUUGUUGUAUCAGCUACAUAUUUUAAUAGCGAGCAUGGCCUUGUUAAAUUUGGUUUGGGUCAAAAAGCAAACUCUCAAGAUUAUAAUGGACCGUGGGGAGAAGGAGUCAAAUGUCCUUAUAGCAAUCCUCCGUUUCCCGAUGGUACUACUGUGUAUACAGGCUCAGUCCCAUCUGCUAUGACUACGGAUGCUGUGAAUUAUCUUCGUGAUGUAAACAUUAAACUUUUUCAAGUCAGCGAGACCAGAACAUAUUCUAGUUUACCUAAUGUCUAUUUUGUGAUGAGAAAAGAAUUUCACACUUGGCAUUAUUCUGGUGGUAAACUCUUAACCGGUUGUUGGACAGGUGUUACUGUUUAUCAAUAUAUCAAUCAUCCAUAA